GUGGAUGAAGGCGUCGGGCUCGGGCGGCGGACGGCGGCGGCUCACGGACUAGGGCCGGCUCGGACGCGCGUCCGCGCCUCGGGGGUGGCGGCGGGCGGCGGGGCGACGAUGGAGCUCUUGCGGACUAUCACCUACCAGCCGGCCGCCGGCACCAAGAUGUGCGAGCAGGCGCUGGGCAAGGCUUGCGGCGGAGACUCGAAGAAGAAGCGACCGCAGCAGACCCCGGAGGAACCGCAGGCGCCGCAGCCCCAGGCGCCGGUGCAGCCCGCGGCCCCUCACCACCACCACCACCACUCGCACUCGGGCGCCGAGAUCUCACGGAUUAUCGUCGACCCCACGACGGGGAAGCGCUACUGCCGGGGCAAAGUGCUGGGAAAGGGUGGCUUUGCAAAAUGUUACGAGAUGACAGAUUUGACAAACAACAAAGUCUAUGCUGCAAAAAUUAUUCCUCAUAGCAGAGUAGCUAAACCACAUCAAAGGGAAAAGAUUGACAAAGAAAUAGAGCUUCACAGAAUUCUUCAUCAUAAGCAUGUAGUGCAGUUUUACCACUACUUUGAGGACAAAGAAAACAUUUACAUUCUCUUGGAAUACUGCAGUAGACGGUCCAUGGCUCAUAUCUUGAAAGCAAGAAAGGUGUUGACGGAGCCAGAAGUCCGAUACUACCUCAGGCAGAUUGUGUCUGGACUCAAGUACCUUCAUGAACAAGAAAUCUUGCACAGAGAUCUUAAACUAGGUAACUUUUUUAUUAAUGAGGCUAUGGAACUGAAAGUUGGGGACUUUGGUUUGGCAGCCAGGCUGGAACCCUUGGAACACAGAAGGAGAACAAUAUGUGGUACCCCAAAUUAUCUCUCUCCUGAAGUCCUCAACAAACAAGGACAUGGCUGUGAAUCGGACAUUUGGGCCUUAGGCUGUGUAAUGUAUACAAUGUUAUUAGGAAGACCCCCAUUUGAAACCACAAAUCUGAAAGAAACCUACAGGUGCAUUAGAGAAGCAAGGUAUACAAUGCCAUCGUCAUUGCUGGCUCCCGCUAAGCACCUAAUAGCUAGCAUGUUGUCCAAAAAUCCAGAGGAUCGUCCCAGUUUGGAUGACAUCAUUCGGCAUGAAUUUUUUUUGCAGGGCUUCACUCCAGACAGACUUUCUUCUAGCUGUUGUCAUACAGUUCCAGAUUUCCACCUAUCAAGUCCAGCUAAGAAUUUCUUUAAGAAAGCAGCUGCUGCUCUUUUUGGUGGCAAAAAAGACAAAGCAAGAUAUAUUGACACACAUAAUAAAGUGUCUAAAGAAGAUGAAGACAUUUACAAGCUUAGGCAUGAUUUGAAAAAGACUUCGAUAACUCAGCAACCCAGCAAACACAGGACAGAUGAGGAGCUCCAGCCACCCAGCACUACAGUUGCCAGAUCUGGCACACCCGCAGUAGAAAACAAGCAGCAGAUUGGAGAUGCCAUUCGGAUGAUAGUCAGAGGGACUCUUGGCAGCUGCAGCAGUAGCAGUGAAUGCCUUGAAGACAGUACCAUGGGAAGUGUUGCAGAUACAGUGGCAAGAGUCCUUCGAGGCUGUCUAGAGAACAUGCCUGAAGCUGACUGCAUUCCCAAAGAGCAGCUGAGCACUUCCUUUCAGUGGGUUACCAAAUGGGUCGAUUACUCUAACAAAUAUGGCUUUGGGUACCAGCUCUCUGACCACACUGUAGGUGUCCUUUUCAACAACGGUGCUCACAUGAGCCUCCUUCCGGACAAAAAAACAGUUCACUAUUAUGCAGAACUUGGCCAAUGUUCUGUUUUCCCGGCAACGGAUGCCCCUGAACAAUUUAUUAGCCAAGUGACGGUGCUGAAAUACUUCUCUCAUUACAUGGAGGAGAACCUCAUGGAUGGUGGAGAUCUGCCUAGUGUUACUGACAUUCGAAGACCUCGGCUCUACCUCCUUCAGUGGCUAAAAUCUGAUAAGGCCUUAAUGAUGCUCUUCAAUGAUGGCACCUUUCAAGUGAAUUUCUACCAUGAUCAUACGAAAAUAAUCAUCUGUAGCCAAAAUGAAGAAUACCUUCUCACUUACAUCAAUGAGGACAGAAUAUCUACGACAUUCAGGCUGACAACUCUGUUGAUGUCUGGCUGUUCACUAGAAUUAAAACAUCGAAUGGAAUAUGCUCUGAAUAUGCUGUUACAGAGAUGUAACUAAAAGACUUGAACGGACCCUAUGGGACUCCUCUUUUCCACUGUGAGAUCUACAGGGAAGCCAGUAGAAUGAUCUAUAGCAUGUUGAAGAAGAAGGGCAGGUGGUGGUACGAAAACAAUUCCUUUGUGGCCUGCUGGACUGAGUGGAGCCAGACCAGGCUGAGGCAUACAGUUCGUGACUUUGGAUAAUCCAAGAGCAUACAGUUUGUGACUUUGGAUAAUCCAAGAGUGAACCAGAAUGCAGUUUUCCUGACGUACCUGUUUUAAAGGGUUUUUCAGACAAUUACGCAGAAAGGUGCAUAGACUCUUAACUUCUCUCUGUUGAGAGCAUUUCAGACAGAGGACUUGGAACUGUGAAUAAACUUCCUGAAGGGGAGGGAGAAGGGAGGAAGCUCCCAUGUUGUUUAAAGGCUGUAAUUAAAGCAGCUUUUGGCUGCUUAACUGUGAACUAUGGCCAUAUAUAAUUUUUUUUUUUUUUUGCUUAAUUUUUGAAGAUACUUGUGGCUGGAAAAGUGCAUUCCUUGUUAAUAAACUUUUUAUUUAUUACAGCCCAAAGAGCAGUAUUUAUUAUCAAUUUUUUUUUUUUAUGUUGACCAUUUCAAACUGUUGGCAAUAAAGCGUAUGGAAAAGUAAAAAAUAAUGGUCUCCCGUCUUUGGUAUGUCACAUCACUGCAUCACAACCUCCUUUGCCAACGGAUUCUUGGCACUAUAGCCUGAUAUUUAGUAUGGAAGCAUAUCAGAAAGUUAGACCUUUUAUUUUGCUAAUAAUAGUUUAGGAAAGUCAGUCUCUUAACACCUGAAAUACAAUCAUCCUAGAUGAAUCUAUCUAGAGAAGAGAAUAUAACAAGAAUACCACUCUUGUUACAACCAAAACAUAGGAUUCCUACUAAAUCCAAAACUCAUUUCUCCCUGGAGUAUUUCCUCAAAACUUGUUUAGCUUGGACCUGAAAGCCAGAGUAAUCCUGUGUAGACAGAUCUCUGUUAUUAAGUGUUAAUAGGUACAGAAGUUUAUCUUAUGGGCACAACUCUGUAAUACUUGCUGUGCACCAUCUAAAUGCAUUAUUCAGCUUACACCUGGCUAAAUGCUUCCAGUGCACUGGCAGUACUGGCAUGUAACUAGCAGUGGGAGAUAUUUUGUAAUAAGUUAUUUUAUUAUCCUCUGGUACAUGGCAGAUAAGGGAUGGUAUGGGAACCAACCUAUGGUUUUAAGUCUAUCUUUUAAACUAUUAGAUUAUCCAAGAGCCAUGCAGAGGUUUUUCUCUUUCA